AUGGCGGGGGGUCCAUGGGCCCACACGCCACCUAUCAGCAGCGCCGAGACACCUACUAACGUUACACUAGCAGCGCCAAACGCCCCGAGGGCGCGAGUCGGCCCACACCCCAAGCCAGCAGAUCUCGGACGACCAGCUCGGAAAUCUGGCUCGCCUAAAUCACGCCGCGUCGUUGGCUCAAGAGCUGAGACCUUCCCAAACUCCCACCCUCAAGCUCACAGGCACGCCCCCAUGGUCGGCGAAACGCGACGAUUUGCCUCCGACCUAAGAGUCAGGAGGGCUGCCAACCGCCAGUCACGAUCGUGCAAAGUCUGUCGGCUCCGCAAAGUCAAGUGUGACCGUGUCAAGCCCUGCCAUGCCUGCUGCGCCCAUGGAUAUCCCUCGAAAUGCGUGUAUGAGGACGUCCCGGAUGAGGACGCCAGGCCGAUCAGUCAGGCGGAGGAGAUCCGGAACUUGCGGGCGGAAAUCCGGGAGCUAAGAGGGAGGAUUGAUGCCAGUCAUGAUGGUUCAAGAUCUCGGAAUCUUCAACAGCUCGAACAGCUUGAAGGCUUAUUUGACUCUAUUCGAUCUGCGCCGCUAGACCUGGUGGAGGAGCUUGUCCGUGAGCUUCGCACUGCUCACGGCGGGCUUAAUAAGGAUUUGGUUCCUGUGGGACCAUGGGAAGGCCGAGAAGCUUAUGAAUCUUAUGAACAACCAUCACGGCCUUCUUCGACUCUGCCGGUUCGCAAACGUCUUUUGUUGAAUUCUGCCAAUGAGGUUUUCAAUACUUUUGAAGAUGAUAACGAUGAUGACAGGGAGUUUGAGCGUGAGAUGUCUAUUGGCAGUGGCUCGGACUCAUCCGGGGGAGCCUCGGUAACCAGCAUGCAAAGACCAGUGCUGGAUGUAUUCGUCGAGAGAUUUGUUGAUGCAUUUAGCCCCGAGGUGGAUAUGAAGUCGGGACGGGCUGGUGCUUUGCGAGCUGCCGCCGGGAUUCGAAUGUUUUCCCCUCUGAUCAGUGAUGCUUUUGAGGCUGUCUCGGUGGCAUUUUUUGGACGGUCUGUUCAGAAUAAGCAGAUCGAGGCGUCUGGGUUCCGACUUUAUCCGCGUGUGCUUCGUGGUUUGCAGGAUGCAUUGGUUGAUCCUGAGAAAUCCAAAGCCGAGUCCACGCUAGUUACUGUGAUUCUGCUAUUGGCCUUUGAGAGCGUUGAACGCACCACUGACAGCGGUGUCUCGGCCCAUGUUCGAGGUGCGGUGCGCUUGAUUGAACACCGUGGACCGGAAAAUCACAUGUACGGGGUGGAGCAUCUUAUGUUCACUGAGCUUCGUCCAUACUGGAUUGGUGGUGCUUUAGCUGCUCGACAACCGUCAUUCCUGGCACAAGAAGAGUGGAAAACUAUCCCGUGGGCUGCGGGAACAACCACAAAGGACAUUCUACACCACCUGCUCGAUCUUGCCGCCCAUAUUCCAGGUUUACUAGCACAGUCUGAUUCCUUCAAAGCAGCACAGGCUCGCUCCGUGCUAGGCGCACACGAAAUCGCCGUCAAGCAGACUAGCCUGUGGAAUGGCAUUGGCGAGCUCACAAUCAAGUUCUACCAAUGGUAUGAGGACUGGGUCAAGGUCUACCCCGACGGACCCCCACAAGAAGUCAAGCAAACAGGCGCAGACGAUUUCCCUAUUUUCCAGCGGCGCGACCUGCGCACUGGGGCUACUUAUACCCCAACCAGAUAUACAUACCCUAACCUCCUCCUCGCACAAACCAUGUGCCUCUACUACAGCUUUCGACUCAUCCUCUCGUCGGUCGAUACUCGUCCCCAGGACCGUGUAACCCCGUUGGAACAAUACGAGUUGGGAUGUGGGAUUGCCCGUACGCUGGAAUUCUAUAUCACCACAGCGCCUGGCAACAUGAUUAACCGUCUUGCAUUCCCCACCCGGGUGGCGUGGGAAGCAUUCCCUGACGGAGGUCCGGAGCGCAAGUUCAUGGUGGAGUUAUUGCAUUUGGUGGAACGGCGUCACGCCCUUGGCCUUUGGGGCAGCGCCAUGCCUGAGUUAUCCACUCAGCAAGACUCGCCCAUGAAUUCAGCUGCUAGUCCAUAG